GCCCCCGGGAAAGGCGAUGGGGAGCGCUACGUCAGCCGCGGGAAAUUCCCCUCCCUCCGGGCUGCCAGCUUCUUGGCCGGGCUAGCGCUCGGCUCUCGUCCCGCUCCGCCCCCUGCUCCUGUCUCCCGCUCGCUGGACGGGCGACAGUGGUGACCCUGAGCGCGAGAAUUCAGGGGGUGGGAAGGUGUGAGCCGCAAGCCAAGGGGAGGGCGGGAAAGAGGAGGAGGCCCGGGGGUGGUCAGGGGGACUGGGGUCCCGACGGCAAAGGUCCCGCGGCCUCCUGACUUGACUGGCGGCUGUCUGGCUGACGGCCUCGGGCCCCGACGUUUGGAGCUGCCGGCCCGACUGCGCGGAGAGCGGAGCCAUGGCCUCCGGUGGGUAUAACCCAUAUAUAAAGAUAAUUGAACAACCCAGGCAGAGGGGAAUGCGUUUUAGGUACAAAUGUGAAGGGCGAUCAGCUGGCAGCAUUCCAGGAGAGCACAGCACUGAGAACAAUCGAACAUUCCCAUCUAUCCAGAUUAUGAACUACUAUGGAAAAGGAAAAGUAAGAAUUACAUUAGUUACAAAAAAUGACCCCUAUAAACCUCAUCCUCAUGAUUUAGUUGGAAAAGACUGCAGAGAUGGCUACUAUGAAGCAGAAUUUGGUCAAGAACGCAGGCCUUUAUUUUUUCAAAAUUUGGGUAUCCGAUGUGUUAAGAAAAAAGAAGUAAAGGAAGCCAUUAUUUCAAGAAUAAGUUCAGGAAUCAAUCCUUUCAAUGUCCCUGAGCAACAGCUGCUUGAUAUUGAAGAUUGUGAUCUCAAUGUGGUGAGACUGUGUUUUCAAGUUUUCCUCCCUGAUGAACUUGGUAAUUUGACAACUGCUCUUCCUCCUGUUGUCUCUAACCCAAUUUAUGACAACCGUGCCCCAAAUACUGCAGAAUUAAGGAUUUGUCGUGUAAACAAGAACUGUGGAAGUGUCAGGGGAGGAGAUGAAAUAUUUCUACUUUGUGACAAAGUUCAGAAAGAUGACAUAGAAGUUCGUUUUGUGUUGAAUGAUUGGGAAGCAAAGGGUAACUUUUCACAAGCUGAUGUACACCGUCAAGUAGCCAUUGUUUUUAAGACUCCUCCAUAUUGUAAAGCUAUAACAGAACCAGUAACAGUAAAAAUGCAGCUGCGGAGACCCUCUGACCAGGAAGUUAGUGAAUCUAUGGAUUUUAGGUAUCUGCCAGAUGAAAAAGACACUUAUGGCAAUAAAUCAAAGAAACAAAAAACAACUCUACUGUUCCAGAAACUGUGGCAGGAUUGUGCAGUCAAUUUUCCUGAGAGACCAAGAUCUGGUCCGGUAGGGUCAAUCGAAGAAGGAAGAUUCAUCAAAAAAGAAUCAAACUUGUUUUCUCAUGGUACAGUUUUGUCAGAAAUGUCCAGAUCUUCAGGAGUUUCUAGUCAAGGAGAAUCCUACUAUUCCUCAUCUGUAUCCAUCUCCAGUGGAUUGUCACAUCAUGCUUCAGCCAUACCUUCAAUGGUGCCUCAGCCUCCUUCAAGUUGGUCAUCAAUGGCCCAUCCUACCUCACGUUCAGUCAAUACAAAUCCACUGAGUAGUUUUUCAACAGGGACACUUUCUGCUAAUUCUCAAGGUGUAUCAUCAUUCCUGGACAUGUCUGUUGGUGAUUUAAAUGCUUCUAAUGCUUGCAUUUAUAACAGUACUGAUGACAUAGGCAGAAUGGAAACAUCAUCCAUAUCACCAGCUGACUUAUAUGGUAUUUCUGAUGCCAACAUGCUGCCAAAUUGCCCUGUGAAUAUGAUGACAACCAGCAGUGAUAGCAUGGGGGAAACUGAUAAUCCAAGACUUGUGAGCAUGAAUCUUGAAAACCCCUCAUGUAAUUCAGUGUUAGAUCCAAGAGACUUGAGACAGCUCCAUCAGAUGUCUUCUUCCAGUAUGUCAGCAGGCACCAGUUCUAGUACUGUUUUUGUUUCACAAUCAAAUGCAUUUGAGCGAUCCGACUUCAGUUGUGCAGAUAACAACCUGAUAAAUGAAUCAGGACCAUCAAAUGGUACUAAUCCGAACAAUCAUAAUUUUGUUCAAAGUAGUCAGUAUUCAAGCAUUGGCACAAUGCAAAAUGAACAAUUGAGUGACUCCUUUGCAUAUGAUUUUUUUUAAGUUUAUAUUUCUUUUAUGACAUUAUUAAUGUAUUCUUAAAAGAAUUAACUAAUAUUUGCUUUCAAGCAAAUAUAAGGUAAAACCUGUAAUGACUAUGUCAUUGGAAAAAUAUAUUCUUGAUUAUUUUUGAUGCCCAUGGGCCAAAGUGACCCCUAUGGGGUUUUCUGAAACUUCUUGAAGUUUCUUAAAUUUAUAUGUACAGCAAAACUUCUUUAAAAUGUUAAAUUGGAGAAGCCAGUUGAAGUAAGCUUUCAAGGUAUGGGAGGUUUUCUACCUUUUAUAAGAUUUACAUCCAUAUCUUUAAAGUGACUUUCAAUUUUAGUUCUACACCCAUACUUUCAAGAGGAAGAAGUUUCCUUGGACCUUGCUUUUUUCCUUAGGUAUCUUUAUUCCAUGUGAUCUCAAUAACUGCCUGUUUAACAGCUUUAUCUAUAAAUUAAUUAAAACUCAAACUCAACAUAUCCAAACCUGAGUUCUUGAUUUUCCCUCCCAGACUUGCUUCUCCUUCAGUCUUCCCCAACUCAGUAAAUGGCAAUGCCAUGCUUCUGGUUGCUCAGGCCAAAACCUUGGAAUCAUCCUUAUCUUCUACUGUUAGCACCCUAUUUCUAGCUGUCCUCAUUGCUUGCCUGGAUUAAAGCUGUAGCCUCCCAAACCUUCCUUACAUCCUUGUUCCCCAGUAGCCUGUUGUCCAUAAAGUAGUCAGAGUAAUUAUUUUUAAAACAAGUCAAAUCAUAUUUGUCUGCUCAAAACCAUCCAGUGGUUCCCCAUCUCAAGAGAAGGGGUCCUAGUGCUUAAAAUUAGCAGACCUGUGCACCCUUUCCUAACCCAUGUAUUACCAUUUCCCCCUCUUCAUGCAGCUCCAGGCACUCUGACCUUAAUUCUCCUCCUCAGAGUACCAGGUACAUUCCUGCCUGAUAUACUUUGUACUUGGUAUUACUCUGCCUUAAAUGUUCUCUCACUGUCACUGUCUAACUACUGAGCAUUUGUUUACUAUUUGUUUUCUUUACUAGUACGUAAGCUCCAGGAGGAGAGAAAUUUUUGUAUUUUGUUUACUGUUGAAUCUCCAGUUUGUAGAACAGUCUGCCUCACAUUAAGCACUCAGUAAUAUUUAUUGAACAUUUAGUGUAUUCUUAGAACUUUUGUUUUUUGAAAUAGCUUUUAAUUUUACUAGAUUUUUAUAGUUUUUACAUCUUGUUUGAUGUUACAUUGGGUUUUUAUUAGAAUCACUGAAGUCCAGUGUUAAUAAUGAUAUUCCAAAUUGCUUAAAAGCAAAAUAAUCCCAAUGGCAAAAUGGUGACAGAAUUUGGCCAUUAAUCUCAAUUGUGAUGGAAUUACCAUGAUGCUAAGUAAUUAAUGUAUUAAAGAUCUAGUUUAUCUUAUAGCUAGGACCUACCCUAAAUAUUGAACAUAUUCCCAUCUGGAAAGUGUGUAUAAUUUCACUUGUACAAAGUACAACCAAACCUUAAAUUUAACAUAAAUUAAUUCCAUCAAAAUGGGGUAUGUGUGAAUGACAUAUAAAUAAAAUUCUCAGUUGACUAUUACUGGAAAAUUGCCAGAAGAGCAAGGUGAGAUUAGGGUCAGAAUAGUCCAGAAAGCAAAAUAAAAAGAUUAGAAACCCAUAAAUACAAUUAAUAUUUCUCAAGUUUUGAUUUUAAAAGAAAAUAUUUGUCAUAUGAUAUAAAUUCAAAAAUCAUAAGCACAUAAUAGUAGAAAAUAAAAUUUCUUUUCUGUUCAGAAUAUGAACCCAGGGUAUCUCCAGAUGGUGAUUGUUAAGUGGUGAUUU